AUCUGAAUUGAGCUCGACAAUCCUCCCGCCAACGACGUACUCGAUCACCGACACUAUGGCACAGCAAGAGGAACAACCAUACCGCCCCAAGGAUGCCCUGGGCUCCUCCAUCAAGGCCACCAUGAUCACCGCCGGCGCCGGUCUUUUCGUCUCGACCAUCCAAAACACCCUGACCAAGCAGAACCAUGGUGCUAUGGGCGCCUUCACCAAGUUUGGUGGCACCACCGCCGUCUACGGUGCCAUGGGAGCCGCCUACGAAUUCACCAGAUGCGCGUCCGCCAACCUUAGACAAAGAGACGAUGCCUGGAACUCUUUCUGGGGUGGUCUCGCCGGUGGCUCAAUGCUCGGUCUCAGAUUCCGCACCGCUCCCGCCGUCGCUGGCUACGGAACCGCCCUUGCCGUUGUCCUCGGUACCUGGCACUUCGCCGGUGGCAAGAUCACCGGCUACCAGAUCGAUACCACAGUCGAUGAGGUUGCACGAAAAGAAUAUGUGCGCAAGAACAGAAGGAGACCAAUGGAGGAGACGCUUGAGCAGGUCGGCGAAGGACGUGGAAUCUUCGGACCUGGCUACCAAGAGAGAAGAGCUGAGAGACUUCAGCAAAACUACGGCAUUGAGGUGCCAUCCGCUGCUUCUUCUUAGACUUCCGAUAUUUGUAGAUACCUUUCACGCCAUUAUUUCCUCUGUUCAAAAUCAACCAAUCGAACCCAUCAACCAUUCCAGGCUGGGGUACAUACAUGUUACCAUCGCCUGCACCUUGAUUUGGAAGCGAAAAUAUUGACGGGUAGAACAACGAGCCCAUAAGCCCCAUUGAGGAUCAGACGCGUCGACUUCCUGGCCAUUCCAGCUACUUGCUUCCGGCCGCAAUGCGAUGGGAAGGCAAGACAGCCAUACGGUUUAGAAUGUGAUAACAUCGUGAGCAAGGCAAUGGUGCUUAGACCGGUCUCAGCGGCUAGACUACAAAUCGCAGCUCAAUCUAUCAAACUCCAUUUUGAGACUCUU